CAGAACACACCUGUUUCUGAACAGAAGAAAUCAGCAGUGUCAGGGUGUGAAUAUUUAUAAAGAAAUGGAGCUGAGUGAGAUAUUAUACAAUAAAGCGGAAUACAUCGAGACUGCGUCGGGGAACAAAGUGAGCAGACAGUCGGUCCUGUGUGGGAGUCAGAACAUCGUCUUGAAUGGAAAGACCAUCGUGAUGAACGACUGCAUCAUACGAGGAGAUCUGGCCAACGUCCGGGUCGGCCGGCACUGCGUCAUCAAGAGCCGCAGCGUCAUCCGACCGCCCUUCAAAAAGUUCAGCAAGGGGGUGGCGUUCUUCCCCCUGCACAUCGGCGAUCACGUCUUCAUAGAGGAGGACUGCGUGGUGAACGCCGCUCAGAUCGGCUCGUACGUUCACAUCGGGAAGAACUGCGUCAUCGGUCGGCGGUGUGUACUGAAGGAUUGCUGUAAGAUUCUGGAUAACACGGUUCUGCCCCCCGAGACCGUCGUUCCUCCAUUUACAGUCUUCUCUGGAUGUCCAGGUUUAUUUUCGGGAGAGCUCCCCGAGUGCACACAGGAGCUGAUGAUCGACGUGACCAAGAGUUACUACCAGAAAUUCCUCCCACUCAGCCAAAUCUAACCACGAUCACCGGAUUCACCCAGACGCUUCAUCAUUUCACUCAUGUUUAAUAUGAUAUGGAUUCAUUACACCAUCAACAUGAAGCUUUUUUUAUUUAAAUACUCUAUGAAGAGUGUGUGUGAGUGUGUGUGUGUGUAUGAGUGUGUGUGUGUGUGUAUGAGUGUGUGUGUAUGAGUGUGUGUGUGAGCAGAAUCACAUGAUGCCGUGGUUCAGUGUAAUAUAAAGUGUUUAUUGUUUCACUGCUGAUUAAAAACGUCUCGUCACUCGA